UGCCUGAAUCUCUUCUGUUGCAGCAGCACCUUCUUGUGGCAGCUGACCAGAGCCAACAUGGCAGGAGUUGCAGCCAAGCGAGAGGGACCACAGUUCAUCAGUGAAGUGGCUGUCAGGGGGAACUCAGCCGUGCUGGAGUACUGCCGCACCUCUGUAUCCGCUCUGUCUGGAGCAACAGCUGGCAUCCUCGGCCUGACGGGACUAUAUGGCUUCAUUUUUUACUUCCUCUCUGCAUUUCUUCUCUCACUGCUGCUCAUCCUCAAGGCCGGCCGGCGGUGGAACAAAUGCUUUAAGUCACGGCGGCAGCUCUUCACCGGAGGCCUUGUUGGAGGUCUUUUCACUUACGUCCUGUUCUGGACUUUCUUGUACGGGAUGGUGCAUGUGUAUUAAAAUGAUGUACACUAAAUAACCCUGAAAUAUUUCUGUCUAAUGCUACGUAAGCCAUUAAGAUCGUCUGUCCUGCUGUUUGUAGAUAGGCUAUUAGUUACAGACUUUUGAUUUUUCCAUUGUGAACUGUUGAUAUAUUGAAUGAUGUGUUAAUAAUUACUAUAUUGAUAAUUAACUAUUGACCCUUUCUUUCUGCUCCACAUUUCGCUUUAACUCCUUUAACCUGUAACUCCAACUCUGUGGUAUCAUGAAUACUGGGACAAGAGCCACAGUUAUUACAAUGUAGAUUAACAGAUAACAUGAUAAUAAAUGAUUCUCUACAA